AUGGAGGAUGUCUCCUUGCCCGAGGGUUCCCCCGAGUCCCACCACGCGGGUACACCGCUCGGCUCGAACGCGUCCCUGGGUCAGCUACCAGUCAAGGUGAUCGAGGACAUCCUCUAUGCUGCUGAUGCCAACACAUUUGCAUCACUUUCUUUGUUGAAUCAGAAGUGGAAGCAUGUAUCCGAGUCGGCAGCGCUAUAUGCCCACCAUUUAUCGCGAUGUCCAUCAUUCUCCUGGACUCAUGGUGCCGUGAAGACACCUGUGGAGACGGAAAAUCUUCUUGGUCUCAAGCGUCAAUUUAUCAAGCAAGUCAGGCAGAAUGCAUUCGAUGCGUUCUUGCGACCCCGCCAAACCCUCUUGAAGUUGAUUUCGAGUUCUAUGAGUUCUUCUACAGCUUUCCCCCAGGGUGAAGUGUUUCGAUUCUCAUUUUCGGCAAAUGGACAGAUGGUUUUAUGUAUAAGUUCUUCACGAAUUAUCAUAUUAGAUGUGGCUUCUGACCCCGUGGUCGUCAAGCAUGAACUCAAGACCCGCAGGAGGCCAUUGGGAGCAACGAUUCGUGAUGACUGUUCUCUUCUUGCUGUGUUGUCUUCAACCCAUCGGGUACACAUUUACGAGCUUUCUGACGAUGAAGCGAAGCAUGUUCAAGUCAUCACACUGAACGAUGCUCCAAGAGAUAUCGCAUUCUCACCAACAGGCAGUGUGCUGGCCUUGUCCUUUGACGACAGUAUAGAGGUGUUUGCUGUGGGCGAAGAAGCAUUGCCGACUGAUCGUCGAGCAGUGCGCUGUCUGCGUGCGGAUGCACUUUCAUUCUCGCCUGACGGAUCAAUGCUUGUCGGAUCUUCGACUGAGACUUCGAGUAACGGAAUUGUUACAAUCACCGCGCCUUUUUAUACUGAAACUGGGACUGAUGCAUCGCCUGAAGAACUUCACAUGCGAAUGUGGACAACACAGAUUCUGUUUCCCGAGAUCACACCCGGCUUCUCCCACGCAUGCCUUCUUUCUGGCCAUGAAGAGUCGGAUGACUCUUGGGUGAUGGGAUACGACGAUCAAUUGGCAUCGUUUAGACUGCUCAAACUGAGCGAUGCUGAUGGCGGAAUCGUUUAUUUUGCCAGUCCGUUCUGCAACGACGAGUCACGAGAGAUGCGGCCAAGCAUGAGACCUGCUAUGGAUGAGUCAGGGGAGCUUGUCGCUUUGGGAUUCCAAGACUCGGAAUUGUGGAUAUAUGGGGUCCCAGAACGGUUGGAUAUAACCCCCAAGGCAAGCCCAGUCUCGGGUGCCCAGAUCCACAUUACCGGUACUCGUAUUGGUGGCAGUCAUCACUGCGGGGAUUGCCCGCCUCGCGAUAAUCUAGCUCAGCUUCAAAAGAUUGUUCAGCAACCCAAAAUCCUGAUCCGUGGACGUCGAGUGACUGACAUGCAUGGAAUCACUGCCGCUUGUUGGGUGCGGGCGGCAGAGUCAACCCCAGAUAAAGACAGGAUCCGUCGUCGGCUGGUGGCCGUCGCACCCGGUGGAGUUCACCCACAGGCAUUAGGCGAAGAAGACAUACCAAUUGAUGGGGGCCGCAUUCUUCUGCUUGAUUUUGAGCGCUCCACGAACAAUGGCGAGACACUGGAGCUUAAUAUCGAAGUUGGAGAAGUGGAGCCCAAGACGCUCAAGGAACCAGACUCUUCUUUGGACACGGAAGUUGAGCUUGAACGAAGACGCACUCGGUUACACCGUGGCGAUACUGCCAUGACAAUUGGCAACUUUGGCAAUCGAUCGUCAGCAAUCAGUCGAGAAUCCCGACCCCUGCCACUUCGAUUCCGCCGGAACAGUCUUGCAAGUCCAACGUCCCCCACCGAGGUAUCUCAAGGAGGCUUACUGGACUUGCCUUAUGAUAAUACCCAACCGCGUUCCAGUGACGUACUUCAUCGAGCCGCCACUGCAGCGGCCUCAACCCGUGGGCGAUAUGACCCUCGCUAUCGCAACACCCCUGAACGUCGACAACUACCGCACGAUAGGGACGCCGACAACUGGGUGCCACCUCCUCCUCCUUACCAACGCGAGACAGAAGUAGCAUUACCAGACGAUCUGAGAAGAACCCUUCUUCCGAGAGCCUCGGCCGACUUUCAACCUUUUGCCAAUGCGUCCCACCAGCCCGAGCGGACACAAAGCACUCGUGUCGCACGUUCAAUUUCAGCGAUUACACGCCCACAAUCAGCCAUCAUACAGAGACUGGGGACUCUCACCAGCGCCAGGCGCCGCGGAAGCUCUAUCGGUAGAGGUAUCGACUUCUCUGGGCAGCCGCAAUUUGCAACCAAUCCGGUGCCUCGCGACUCCCUCGUCAACCACGCCUCGUCAGGAGACCAUAGUUCUUCCGUGCGUCCAAUUGCAGCGACAUCGAUGGCGCAGCACCAAUCAGCGGUACAAACCACGCCUACCUUGGCGGUACAUCCAGCCGAGCAAACAGCCCGUGAGAACACGAUGCCUCUACCUUAUCUGGGUGCCACUGCGCUCGGUGACGCACUGGGAGAUGCCUACUUCCCGUACUCGGUAUCCUCUCCGAACCUCCUACACAUCCCCCAGCCAUAUGGUGAUAUACAUGGCACAACAGACGAUGAUCACGACAUACCCCAGAGGCAGCGUUCCUUCCACCGACGGGCCUCCACUGAGCCGACCAGCCUCCCGCCACCAGAAAACGAAGAAUGGCGGAGACGGAUUCAAGAUUGGAAUGAUCACACUGUCAAGGCGCGAGGUCGCAAGCGAAGGGGCAAAUGCAUUGUUAUGUAG